UUAUCAUUUCGAAUCUCUACAUCUACAUCCCUAUCAUAUUUGCAUCAUCUCUCAUAGUUUCUUAUAGGUUAAGGCACUCAAACCUAUAUACAUUGAAGAAGUAUGAAUUUUAAAAAUUUAAGAAUUAGCUCAUCCUAUGCGAUUCUAUUUGAUUGAGCUCUUAGAUGGCUUGAUGUAAAAUAUACCUAUAGUGAAAAUAGUUAAUACUAUAAUGUUAAGUGUUUAUCUACAUAUAAUGAAAAAUAGGUUUAUAGAAGACUGACUGAUCAAUCUGUUUUGAACAUCCUAAUGGAAAUAUUUACGAUAAAACUUGCAAAAACAAAAUUG